AAAGCGAACGACAACGAACCACAAAAAGUUCUUAGCUAAAAAUAUUUCAAAUAAUCUAUUCAGACCCCAUAAAAGUGCAAUGAAAUUGUUUAUACAAAUCUUGUGUGUGAUUUUGCUGCCGGCUUUGGUCUGGUCAGCGGCUCUGGAGAAGGGUGAGCGUGAGGAGGCUCUACACUUCAAUUUUCACACUGAAAAUGGUCAUCAGAGGACCGAGGACAUAACCUACACUGUCAGGCCGGAAACGGAUCGGGAUGCCAGGGAGCAGGGCACCCCUAAGCCCGUGGAGUAUCGUGGCGGCUAUAGCUUCAUCUCAGCGGAUGGCUACGAGUAUCAGGUGCUCUACAAGGCCAAUAAAAAUGGCUUCCAGCCCUAUGUGACGGCGCAUAAGAUCAAAUCGGAUAAGAAGAUCUAAGCGCCAAUAUAUUUCUUUUGUGUUGUGAUAGGCGAUAAAUAAACCGAAUUUUUA